UACAGUAGUUGGGUGAUACCUUAGAAAAUGCAGAGCAAGAAAAAAUUACAUAUAUUCACUGCCAUAACAGUUAUGUUUUUGUUUGCAAUGGCGGUGCAGACGAAGGCUAUUGUUAUUCGUGACGCUGACUGUUUUCACCAGUCGAAGUGUACAAAAAAAUGUGAAAAGUUUUGUUUAAGAAAAGGGUAUACCAAUGGAUGGUAUUGUAGUUCAUUUAGGACUUUCAUUGGUUGUUGCUGCAAGAAGAAUAAAGGACUCAAAACAAAAGUUUCUUCAUCAAAAAUUUAAUAUCCAUCUUGGUUUUCCUCUUUAAUUUGUAUGAUAUUUUCAAAUUUAUAAUUAUGAUAUAAGAGUUUGAUAUUAUGUGAAA